GCAGGCGGGCGGCGGUGGCAGCGGCGGCGGCGGCGGCAGCGGGAGAUGGCCGGCCCGCAGCAGGCCCCGCACCUCCACCUGGCCGAGCUCACCGCCUCCCAGUUCCUCGACGUCUGGCGACACUUCGACGCGGACGGAAAUGGCUACAUCGAAGGCAAAGAGCUGGAAAACUUCUUCCAGGAGCUGGAAAGCGCGAGGAAGGGGGCGGGUGUGGACUCCAAGAAUGACAACUUGGGUGACAAGAUGAAGGAGUUCAUGCACAAGUACGAUAAAAACGCAGAUGGCAAAAUCGAGAUGGCGGAGCUGGCCCAGAUCCUGCCCACGGAGGAGAAUUUCCUGCUGUGUUUCCGCCAGCACGUGGGCUCCAGCUCGGAGUUCAUGGAGGCUUGGCGCAGGUACGACACGGACCGCAGCGGCUACAUCGAAGCCAACGAGCUCAAGGGCUUCUUGUCGGACCUGCUGAAGAAGGCGAACCGGCCCUACGACGAGCCCAAGCUGCAGGAGUACACGCAGACCAUCCUGCGGAUGUUCGACAUGAACGGCGAUGGGAAGCUGGGCCUCUCGGAGAUGUCCCGACUUUUGCCUGUGCAAGAAAACUUCCUUCUGAAGUUUCAGGGGAUGAAGCUGUCCUCCGAGGAGUUCAACGCCAUCUUCACCUUCUACGACAAGGAUGGAAGCGGCUUCAUUGACGAGAACGAGCUGGACGCGCUUUUGAAAGACCUGUACGAGAAGAAUAAGAAAGAGAUGAACAUCCAGCAGCUCACCAACUACAGGAAGAGCAUCAUGAACCUCUCCGACGGGGGCAAACUCUACCGCAAGGAACUGGAGAUCGUUCUCUGCAACGAGCCCCCCAUGUAGGACCCCCCCUCCCGUGCCCAACGUUUCCGCCUCUUCCUCCCCAAAAACGAGCACAACGGGGGAGCACCCAACUGCUGGAGCACCCAGCUGCCCCCCCAGCAGCUCUUGAGUUUGCUGUAGAUGGUUAAAAUCCCACUUUGGGGGGAAAAACUCUUUAUUUUUUUUGCCCCCAUCCGCCUGGUUGGUUUAAUUAUAUAUAAUUUUUUUUUGGGGGGGUGUUCAUUUUCGUUCAUUUAGUCUUGAGUUUUUAUCGUUUACCAAAGAAGAGUUUACAAAUAAAGUGGA